UAAUGAAGCUGAAAUUAGAAUAAAUGACGAAUAUCUAAUUGGACAGCCUAAAGGUGCACUCACUAUUCUUGAUGAAUAUGCUUAUACAUUGUAUCGUGAAUACUGGAAUAGAGGAAUAGGGCAAUCAGUUUUAAGUAAGAUGGUUGAUGAGUGGGGUCCUGAAGUACGCAGAAUUGGUUUAGGAGAAAAUCUUUACAUUCAGAAUAAACAAGAAAUCUUUCAAUUUAAUGGUAAAGAAUUAGAACAAUUCAGGGCUACAGUUAGACCUAAAAAUGUCAGUUCUUGGUCUAUCCUUAAGAAAGUAGGUUUUGAACCAGUACUAGCAGACAAAUCAAUUGAUUUUGAAAAUAAAGGUUGUGAUUUGCCACCAUUAGAUAAUUUACUAAAUUAUU